AUGGUAGGUUUGGAUGGAUCAGGUAAAACGACGAUAUUAUAUCAAUUGAAGCUUGGGAAGAAUAUUACGUCAUUGCAAACAACUGGUUUUAAUCUCGAGCAAUUUCGAUUCGGUAGUUUCAAAUUGAAAAUAUUUGAUAUUGGCGGAUUCCAAACAAUAUGGAAACACUUUUUGUAUGAUAUAAAAGGACUUAUUUUUGUUGUUGAUUGCAGUGAUUUAAAUAGAAUUGAAGAAGCAAAAGAAAAAUUGCACAAUAUUCUAGGAGAAGAUGAGCUCAAAGAUACAGUUCUUCUUGUAUUUGCUAAUAAACAAGAUCUUCCAAGUUCUUUAAGAUCUGAUGACCUCCAAUCCAGACUUAAUUUAAGAGAUAUUAAAGAUAGGCCAUGGAAAGUUCAAGAGUGCUGUGCCACAACAGGAUAUGGAAUCAAAGAAGGUUUUGAAUGGUUUUGUUACAAAAUAAAUCACAUAAUUUAA